UCGUCCCCUCUUCGUCAUCCAAAAGGAAAACCAGAAUUCGGGGUCUUAUCCCCUCUCCGCACUCUGAACUCCACUGAUCGAACCACUUUCAAUGGCUGCCGCCUCCGCCGCUUCCCUCUCCGCCACUUUCUCCUCCCUCUCUGUCAAUCCCCACCGCAGCAGGCCGUCUGCUUUCCCCUCUCACCACCAUUCCUCCUCCAUCUCAAAGCCUCUCUCCCUCUCGAAAUUAACCCACAAACUCCCUCCUGCCAGAGCCAACGCCGACCUCGACACCACAUUCUUCGACACUGUUGACCCCGAAGAAAUCUCCGCAUACAGCCCACCGGAGCCCCCUGAAGACUUCAUUCCACCGCCCUCAUUCGACGAAGGCCCCGUUGAAUCAGAGGAUGAUAUUGCCAGAGCCUAUGAGGAAAUUUACGGGCCCGCAUAUAGUGGAGAGACUUUGCUUGGCAAUGAUGUCUAUGUGAUGGACUCUAAGGUGAAGAAAACAACUGGGUUCGGGUCCAAGAACAAGAAGGAGAAGGUGAGAGAUGGGUUUGAGGAGAGAGUGGUGCAAGUUAGGAGAGUUACUAAGGUUGUGAAGGGAGGGAAACAGCUGCAUUUCAGAGCUAUUGUUGUGGUGGGUGAUAAACAGGGUAAUGUCGGGGUUGGCGUGGGAAAGGCGAAGGAAGUGAUUGCAGCUGUGCAGAAAUCGGCUGUUAAUGCAAGGAGGAACGUUAUUACUGUGCCUAUGACCAAGUACAAGACUUUCCCUCACAGAUCCGAGGCGGACUAUGGGGCAGCGAGGGUGAUGCUGAGACCGGCUUCCCCUGGUACGGGUGUCAUUGCUGGAGGAGCCGUUAGGAUUGUAUUGGAAAUGGCCGGUGUUGAGAAUGCUCUUGGGAAGCAGCUCGGUAGCAAUAACGCUCUCAACAACGCCAGGGCCACUGUUGUUGCCGUACAGCGGAUGAGGCAGUUCAGUGAAGUUGCUGAAGAGCGCGGUAUCCCUAUGGAAGAACUAUGGAAGUGAUACAUUGUCCGUCUUUGUAGAGAAGUAAAAACAGGGAUCUGUUCCAUUCUUUUUUCUUUUUGUUUUUCUGUUUAAAAUGAUAAUUUGUUAAGUCCAAGAUAAGACUCCCUCUUUUGUGCCCAAAUCUGUCUAUUGCUAACAUUUUUCUUGAUAGCAGUCCAUUCUUGUUGCA